UCUUGUUUCAUACAGACAUAAAGAGUAUUUUAGGUUGAAUAGUUGCUCGAUUUUGGAAGAAUGCAAAGGGAGCAGAGCCCAGAUCCAGAGAAGGACCGGGACCAGGACCAGGACUGUUCAGAGUCCACCAGCACCAAAACGGUCUUCUCCUCUGCUGGUCUGCAGAAUCAUAAAGGAAGACCCAAAAGACACUGCUGUGAUGAUUGCGAGCAAGUCUUCACCACUUCAUCAAACCUGAAGAUCCAUAAGAAAACUCACACUGGAGACAAGCCUUACAGAUGUGUUCAGUGUGGAGCAGCUUUUGCCCAGCAAAGGGCUCUAACGAUUCACCAACGUAUUCACACUGGAGACAAGCCUUACAGAUGUGUUCAGUGUGGAGCGGCUUUUGCCCAGCAAGGUUCUCUAACGAGUCACCAACGUAUUCACACUGGAGACAAGCCUUACAGAUGUGAUCAGUGUGGAGCGGCUUUUGCCCGGCAAGAUGCUCUAACAAUUCACCAACGUAUUCACACUGGAGACAAGCCUUUCAGAUGUGAUCAGUGUGGAAAAGCUUUUACCACAUCAAGUAAUCUAACGAUUCACCAACGUAUUCACACUGGAGACAAGCCUUACAGAUGUGAUCAGUGUGGAGCGGCUUUUGCCCGGCAAAGUGCUCUAACGAUUCACCAACGUAUUCACACUGGAGACAAGCCUUACAGAUGUGAUCAGUGUGGAGCAGCUUUUGCCCAGCAAGGUGUACUAAAGCGACACCAACGUAUUCACACUGGAGAAAAGCCUUACAGCUGUGAUCAGUGUGGAGCGGCUUUUGCCCGGCAAAUUAUUUUGACGAUUCAUCAACGUAUUCACACUGGUAACAAGCCUUACAGAUGUGAUCAGUGUGGAGCGGUGUUUGCCCAACAAGGUACUCUAAAGCAACACCAACGUAUUCACACUGGAGAAAAGCCUUACAGCUGUGAUCAGUGUGGAGCGGCUUUUGCCCAGCAAAAUGCUCUAACGAGACACCAACGUAUUCACACUGGAGACAAGCCUUACAGAUGUUAUCAGUGUGGAGCGGCUUUUGCCCGACAAGGUACACUACAGCAACACCAACGUGUUCACACUGGAUAA